AUGAAUAACGAAUACGACUAUUUAUUCAAAUUAUUAUUAAUCGGUGAUUCCGGUGUUGGUAAAUCCAGUUUAUUAUUGAGAUUUGCUGAUGAUACAUUUACUCCAGAUUAUAUCUCAACUAUUGGAGUUGAUUUCAAAAUUAGAACUAUUGAAUUAGAUGGAAAAACAAUCAAAUUACAAAUUUGGGAUACAGCUGGUCAAGAAAGAUUUAGAACAAUCACAUCAUCCUAUUACCGUGGUGCUCAUGGUAUCAUUAUUGUAUAUGAUGUUACUGAUCAAGAAUCAUUUAAUAAUGUCAAACAAUGGUUACAAGAAAUUGAUCGUUAUGCCACAGGUGGAGUAAUGAAAUUAUUAGUAGGUAACAAAGCCGAUUUAUCCGAUAAGAAGAUUGUUGAAUAUACUGCUGCUAAAGAAUUUGCUGAUGCUUUAGAUAUACCAUUUUUGGAAACCUCAGCACUUUCAUCUACAAAUGUUGAACAAGCAUUCUAUACCAUGGCAAGACAAAUCAAAGCUCAAAUGACUACUGCAGCAGGUAAUACUGGUAACGCUAAGGGUAAGUCAAACGUCAACUUAAGAGGUGAAUCCUUAACAUCUAACCAAUCUAGUGGGUGUUGUUAA